ACAGUCCCUCCUCUUUGCCCUUGUUUUUUUCCUCUACAAAUGCAUGACGUUCAGUAAAUGUGGCGUUUGGUCCGGGCGAACUCCUUCCACUGUUCGGCUGUUGAGAUUAUCUGUGCUGUUAAUGUAGUAGAAAUUUGGGGGAUUUGGAUCAUCGGAAAACGGAGGAGCCCAGCGAUCGGAGACCGUAGGUGGAAGCUCUCCAAUUUGCCCCGGAAUGUUCUUGCUGCCGUCACUGCGACCUCUGUGACUCGGAGCUCCACUGCACUGCUUCCUUCAGGAUUGCAACAUGUGCAAUUUUCUGCUCUGGGUUCUGUUUGUGACCCUAUUGACAAGGAAAGGCUACUGUCAAAGUCCCCACUAUCCCGCCCCGAAGAUCGUGGGGUUGGAUAGUGACUCCCCAUCUCAGUCACUAACUGUCUCUUGGGAAAAUGACCUUUCUUCCGCUGUACGCUUCUAUGAUCUUGAGGUCCUUCACACGGAGACGAAUGAAACUGUACAUUCUGAAACCGUCAUGGUGGCACCCCGCACUGACGGUACCGUCCACAAGUGGAAGUGGAUCUCCCCUACUCCUCUGGAGUGCACCUCCCUGUCGGUCAGGAUCCGCUCCAACCUGCCGCAGGUUUCCAGCGAGUGGAGUAAACCAUGGAACCUUACUGGAAAGGAUGUUCUAGAAGACGGCAGAGCGCAGAUGUACCCUCAGGACAAAGUGGUUCCUGUGGGCAGCAACACAACCUUCUGCUGCAUCGUGCCAGAUGGCAAGAAGUUUGGCAGCAUAAUGGUCGGCAGAGGGAAGCUGCCCUUCACUCGUAUAAGUAGGCGGAGCUACGUAAGCGUCAGGAUCAAUCAGCCAGCCUCCAGUUCUACAGGGACCAAUGUGUUCUGCCUCUAUCAAAACGAGGAGUUGGCAGACGGCUCUGUUGUCUUUGUUGGUUACCCUCCAGAACCCCGGAACUUGAUCUGUGAGACUCGGGACUUGCAGUCGGUGGAGUGCGGCUGGUCACUUGAGCGGGUGACGCACCUCUAUGGGACACGGCGGACAUUCUACUCCCUGAAUGAAAGGGAAUGUGAGAGUGCAAAUGGAUUUUCUGCCACAGAGCACAAGUGCAGAUUCAACAUGACUUUGGCACCGGGGGAACAGAACUGGACGUUGACAGCCAGGAAUCAUCUGGGGAAAGUGGAACUCAUGGACACUGCGGACCUGAACCACAGAGUACGCCCACGGGCUCCAGAGGUCGUGGUCGAGCUGCUGGGAGCCUGGAAUGCAAGUCUGCGGUGGCACUGGGUGGUACCGUGGUACGGGAAGCUGCCUCUUGUGUGUCAGGUGUGGAUUUUCAGCGAAGGGAAUCCCAAACCGACCCCACACAUCUAUGUGGGACCGGGCUUGACCCAGGCUCUGCUGAGGGACCUGUGGCCGGACUCGAAGUACGCCGCUCAGGUUCGCUGCGCCACCCAGCAGAAUUUCUGGAAGUGGGGUGACUGGAGUUCAGAAAUACGCUUCAAAACCAAGGAGGACCGGCCCGACCCAGUGAAUGUUUGGGUCCAGAUGCACAGUGAACUUGACGGUUGCAUCGUCUGGAAGCCUCUGUCAAAGAGUCAGAGUCAUGGCCAACUUAAGGGCUACGAGGUCAGCUGGAGCAGCCCGGGAAACAGGGUGCAGCGGAAUUCUGUCCUCUCUACCGGGCCGUACUAUGUCCCCAUCAGCUUGGAGGGCCUUGCCAGCGAUUAUGUAGUCACAGUGAUGGCUUGGAACAAUGCAAGCGACUCCCCUGCCAUCAGCAUCACUGUUCCGAGCUCCCCGGAAGAUGGUGACGGCGCUCUUUCCGAGAUGGUGAGCAAUGGCGGGACGUUCCAUCUGUCCUGGCCGCCAAGCCCCAAUUCCACCUGCGGCUACGUGGUGACCUGGUACCCUACAAGCUGGAACCGGACCUGCAGCCUGGACUGGGAGAAACUGCCUGGGGACAACAGCAGUGCCAGAAUCCAGUCGGAGAGCUUCAUAGCUGGGGAGAGGUACACCUUCUCCGUGUACGCCUGCACGCCUGGAGCUCCACUGCUCCUGGAGAAGAGGCUGGGAUAUGUGGAGGAGCAAGCACCGACUGGGACAGUAACCAGGCUGAUGGCAGAUCAGAUAGACUCCAGCGUUCGGCUUUCCUGGGAGCCUGUUCCCUUAGAAGGCCAAAGGGGCUUCAUUCGUGGAUACCUGAUUUAUCUCUACAAUGUCACCCAGCUUCAGCUUAUCGAGAACAUCACAGAUCCUUCCAUCAUGAGCUACACUGCCACACAGUUGUCCUACACUACUUACAAGUUCACAGUGAAGGCUUAUACCUCAGCAGGAGCUGGGAAAGAGGCCACUGUGUCCAUCAAACUAGACCCCUUCACUGACCUCCUGAUAAUGGAGAUCCUCAUUGCUGCCGGUUCCAUGACUGUCCUCCUGGUUCUUGUCACUGCACUCUGCUACACCAAGAGGGAGUGGAUGAAAAAGACCUUCUACCCCGAGAUUCCUGAGCCCAGGGUACCAGAGUGGAAACCAACACAGGCGUUCGGCGCCCAGACCCUGGACAUGACGCCGUGCGCCCACAGUUACGUGCACAUUGUGGAGACCCGGCGGCGCACGUCUGGAAAGGAAGAGUUAAAGGUGGUUCUGGAGGACUCUGAAGAGGGAGAGCAAUGGGGAAAUGGGCCCCCCGACAUGGACUCGGAUGGACAGUCCUUUCUGCGGUAUUACAACCAGGUGGUUGGAGAGGAUCCUGGCCUGGCCCCCUCUGGUACGGGAUCGUCUGGAUUGUCCUCCAGGUCCACAGGCUCUGCCCGCACUGAGGUAACCUACACUGGGAUCCAGACGUCAUCAACCUCGGCCUGCUCUUCUGCCUGCAUCCCUGCCGCAAUGGAGGCCCCUCUCUCCGCUGGCUAUAGGCCCCAGAAGGCCUCCAUUCCCGCUCAGGCUGAAGUGUCCGAUGACCCCCAGCUCGAUGCUGGCACAGAAUACCAGCCCCAGUGCUCCUGGAAGCUGGACUCUCCAGAAGAGACUAGCUUGGACAGCUCCCUGGGCAGUCCGACGUCGGUCAACUCGUCUCAGUUUUUGCUCCCUGAACCCUCGGGAGAAGAGAACUGCAGUCCUGCUCCGUCUACCACCUGGUUUCGGAAUCUCCUCUCAGGCUCAGGCAAACCCUGAUCUUGUUGAAACUGCAGUGGUGGUUGUUGCAGUGCCCCCUAGUAGAAUGGAUUGUUUCAUUGAUCUGACUUGGUGGAAUGGUGUGCUGAGAGGCAGUAUUAAUGCAGAACAUUGGUUAAUGCUAUCGUUGCUUGUGUCUCCAGGUGAAGAGAGAGAAGUACUGAAAAAUGACAGUUGGGAAGGAAUGUUUGACAGGAAUGUUGGGGGCAGGAAAAAAACUAGGAGGUGUAAUUCCUCAUAGAUCUCACUGGAAUGAAGUUAUUUCUGUGGUGUUAACCAAGCCAGUACUAUUAAGUGUUUGCGUGCUUUGUAGGGUGUAACUUCCUGUGUCUCCUCACUGCAUACAAAGCUAGUCAGUCUGCAGAGACAAAACGCAGAUGCACACAGUAGCCUUGGGAUUAUUAAUCCUCAAUUUACAGUUAAAUCUGUGUUAACCGCCGUGGCAUCACUAGCUUCUAUUGGUUUAUAAGUAGAAGUAUUUACUGCUACUAAGUUCAAACGUAUAAAGUAUAGAUUACAAAAAUAAUGCACCAUGUUGGGUGAGAAUCUGUCAUUUAAAAAAAAAAAACACUAGGUGUUUAAUGCCUUUUAGUGUCAUUUGUCUGUAUGAUUCAUAUCUGUAAAUGAAACAAAGGUUGAAUUUGCUUUCAGGAUUGAAAGGGUUUUAUUAGUGCCUCAAUACAGAUCAAUUUCUCUACUGGUCACAGACAGGUAUCACUGUGCAUGAAGAGAAUGGUUGUUAAUACCAAAGAGUAGCUUUACUGACACAUUUCUUUCUUUUUUUUUUUUUUUUUUAAAGAAAAACUACUGUGAAUUUUUUUUUUUUGUUAAAGUGCAAAAUAACUAAAUCGGUGGUCUAUUUGGGAGUUUGUCUUGUCACAAAAGACGGACGCACUAAUAUGAUGUCACAGAUCCGGCUGUGGGGCGAUACUGGUGAUGCCGCAGUCCCAGCAACUUGGGGAAACUGGAAGUUGGCACUGGAUGUGGUGCCCCUUUGCUUGCUUAGGGCAAGCAGGUAGCACUGUCUUAAGGAGCCGUGAAUCUGUUUCAAGGAGGUAUCCUGCUGUUGUACCCUUAAAGGUACUUAAGUGAAUCUGUAUAAUUCCCAGAUAUGUAAAAUAUAUAUAUCCGUAAGCUAUGCAAGUCUCUUCAGAUAAAAGGCUUUGCAAGUUGGCCAUUUUUUUUUUUUUUGAGAAGGAAUGUACUUUGAGAUGUUGGGAUGUUUGUCCAUAACUUACAUUUUCCGGAACGUUGGAGAAACAGUGAAAAUCCAUUAGACUUAUUUCUCGUAGUGACCAUAGUGGUCAGAAAGGGAUCACUGUCUCUGCCGGGACAAAUCGGGUCAGGGAAGGUCACUGUCUGGAACUUGAUCAGAUUUUUCAGCCAUCGAUAUCUGAUUCACAUUGCAGCAACUGACCACUGACGCUUUGGAGUUGUUACCCAAUGCUAAGGGAUUGUUGGUGGGAUUUAUUCAGAACUUUGGAAAUGAUAAUGUAGGUCGAUUUUAAAGAAAUGAAAGUUGAAUUGGACUACGUAGUCCAGAAUGUGCAAUUUGAACGAGACCUUGAAUUAAAAUUCAAUCUCUCUUGAUUCCACAAUUUUUGAAACAUUUUCAGGGUUUUCCACUGUGUUCAAAAAUAACCACCCACCCCUGCUUUGGUGAAUGCUCCUGAAUGAAUGAAUGAAUGAAUGAAUGAAUGAAUGAAUGGGGGAAAAAAAGAGCAUCAGAUUGUUGGAGCAACUCCCCCCCCCCCCCCCCCCCCCCCCCCCACCCGUGCUUCCUCCGUAUUGGAAUGAACUGGACGUUUAUUGGGAGCCAAUACAAGGGAGCGGUCUUCUCAGCACUCCUAGUGGCAAGUCCCGGUUAACAUUGGCUGCCUUCCUGUUGAGCUUGCACUACAUUACAGAGCAGCUAGAUUUAAGCUACAUCCAUAAUUAUAUUGUUAACGAUACCAUGAAAUGUGAUGUCUAAAAUAACUGUGGCCGCACUGGAGAAUGAAGGAGUAGGCCUACCUUUGUAAAGUGCGUAUUGGCGGCGGCGGUGGAGCUUAUCAGACUUCCAGGGUUUUUACCUGAGAAAUGUUUUUUUUUUUUUUUUUUGCCUUUUUCGUUGUAGAAACCUUUUAAGAGAACAUACAUAUAUGUACACUGAAUUAUAUGAUUAUGUAAACGCUAUGUAUUAUACUGACUGCAUAAUAUGCAUGGUAAAUUUCUGAUCCCGUGUGGGACAAAUUAGUCCUCAAAAUAUUUUAUAGCAGUGUUUGUGUACGACUGUAACACUAGAGUAGUAAAGGAGAUGGACGCUUCGCUUUAUGUACGACCUUGCUAACUUGUUUCAUGUAAACCGCAUCCUGUCAUCGCGCUUAUGGCAACACUGGACUUUAUAUCAAAAUAAAGAAUUACACGUCGUGCAUUAA